AUAAAGACAUUAUACUUGAGUGUGACUGUUUUCCUGUGGUUUACUGUAUAAACAGAGUGAGAUAUAAACACUGCUGAGUCCAACAUGGCCGCCAUCAGCGCCCCACGUCUGAUCUGUCGGGGGAUUAUAAAGGAGCUUCGGUAUCUAAAAGGGCCUGAAUAUAAAGACACAAUCAUGUACAAUUAUGUGCUGGAACAGUUCCGGAACAAUCAGGUGACCAGCGAACGUCUCUGCCGUGCUCAGAGGGAGGCCGUCCACAUGUCCCACACAUACCUGUGUCUGUUAGAGUCAACACGCCGUCACCUGGACCUGCAUAAUCUGUACCACGGGAAAGGAGAACGGCCAACAGAUGAAGUGGCCGGCCUCGUAGGAUUACGCUUACCUACACAGCCCGGGGGUAAAGGCUGGGAGAAGUGACGGACUGUGUGCAGGUGGAGGAGCAGGUGCAGUUGGAGGAGCAGGUGCAGUUGGAGGAGCAGGUGUCAACCAGAGACUUCCUCAAAAUAUGCAGUGUGUUCAUUCUCAUUGUGUGUUGAUUUGUAAACGCUGUAUUUUCUUCAAAUAAAUAAAGUUUGUUCUGA